AUGCGUCCUUCUCAAGAUAAUCAAUUUCCAAAUAGACUUGAUGACUGUAUCCUUGUAUACAAAGCUUCAUCAAAACAUGUCGAAUCACCGACAGUAUCAUCAUCAUCAUCAUCAUCAUUGUCUGUUCAAUCAGAUCCUCAAUAUUUUUUUCUUAUUCGACAUGGCAUCUAUUUAUCAACAAGUCGUAAAGAUGAUGGUCUUAUUGAACUUGGUAGAAAACAGGCAUAUGCAGCAGCUGAAACAAUCAAUGUACUUGCACAUUCAAUAGAAAAAUCUUCAAAUAAAUCAUCUCGUAUCCUUUUUACAGAUUUAAUUCAAUCCGGUUAUAAACGUACUUAUCAAACAGGUCUAAUAACAGGUCAUCGUCUUGAAGAAAUCGAAAGACUUGAACAAUCAUUUGAUAAUAUUUAUAAAUGUUUUAAAUGUUGGAAUGAAAUACAUUCAAUUGAACGUUUUCAUGAACGUUGGAAAAAAAUUCAACGUUUAUUUUUUUCUACAUCUUCUAAUCUUAAUAAAACAUCAAAAAAUUAUGUUAUUUUUUCACAUGGAAAUCUUCUUAGUAAUAUUAUUAAUUUUCUUAUGUCAGGUGCAUCAUUAGAUCAAUGGCAAUUUGGUAAUAUUGCACCACAUUGUUCUGUAUCUGUUUUAUCAUAUAAACAAGGAGAUUUAUUACCACAAAUUAUUUUCAAACCUUUUCAAAUAGUUAAUCAAUCUUUACCGAUAACAAUUAAUAAUGUAAAUCCUAAAAAAAUGCGAUUAAAAGAAAUUAUAACAAAUGGAAUAAUUAAUGAACAAAUUUGGACAUUAAUUAUUAAUUCAAUUAUUCCAGAACGUGUUGUUGGUUCAUAUACAGAUCAAAUUUCAAUUAUUUCUCAAUUUAUUCCAGAUAAUGAAGAAGAAGCACGUCGUAUAUUAUUUAUUUUUAAUCAAUAUUACUCACAAAUAAUGACAAAUAAAGAUAAAUUAUGUGUCAUAGAUACAAAUUUAGAUAGUGACAAUGAAGAAGAAGAAGAUGAUGAUGAUGAUGAAGAUGAAGAAAAUGAUGGUUGA